AUGAAGGUCACGCGGGUGCCGAUCGAGUCCUGUGAGCAGUACGGCACGUGUGGAGAGUGUCUGAGCUCAGGAGAUCCACACUGUGGCUGGUGUGUGCUGAAUAACAUUGGCGAGAAGACCAGCCUGCAUCUGCUGGUGAAAGUGACAGAUGUUCCGGAUCUUUCUGCUGGAAUCACAUGCUCCUUCGGGAACUUGACGGAGGUUGAGGGCAGAGUAGAUGGGAAUCAAAUUCUCUGCACUUCUCCUGCUGCUAAAGAUGUUCCCAUCAUCCCCACAGAUCAAGACUGGUCGGGUGUUGAGCUCAGACUGAACUCGAAGGAAACGGGUCAGAUGCUAAUUAGCACAGAGGUGAAGUUCUACAACUGCAGCGUGCACCAGCUGUGUCUUUCCUGUGUGACCAGUUCUUUCCGCUGCCACUGGUGCAAGUACAGAAACCUCUGCACCCACGACCCCUCCAGCUGCUCUUUCCAGGAGGGACGCGUCAACGCCUCUGAGGACUGUCCUCAACUGGUCCGCUCUGAGGAGAUCCUGAUCCCGGCGGGGGAGGUGAAGCCCAUCACACUAAAAGCUCGGAACCUUCCACAACCUCAGUCGGGUCAGCGCGGCUACGAGUGUGUAUUGCACAUACAAGGAGUCAGUCACAGAGUUACGGCGCUCAGAUUCAACAGCUCCAGCGUACAGUGCCAGAACAGCUCGUAUCUGUAUGAAGGGAUGAGGAUCAGUGAGCUGCCGGUGGAUUUCUCAGUGGUGUGGAAUGGAAACUUCAUCAUUGACAAUCCUGAGAACAUCAAAGUGCACCUGUAUAAGUGUGGCGCUCAGAGGGACAGCUGCGGCGUGUGUUUGAAGGCCGAGAGGAAGUUCCAGUGUGGUUGGUGCAGUAUGGAGGGCCGCUGUACCCUACGCCAGCACUGUCCCAUGUCCAACCCCUACACCAGCCGCUGGCUUCACCUCGCUAGCACAAACGUCAAGUGCACCAACCCUCGAAUCACUGAGGUGACCCCAGUGGCCGGACCACCAGAAGGGGGCACCAGAGUGACCAUCCGUGGUGUGAACCUGGGUCUGUCCUUCUCAGACAUGGUCAACAACGUGCAGGUAGCGGGAAUCCAGUGCACUCCACAAGAAAACGGCUACAUCAUUGCUGAACAGAUUGUGUGUGAGAUGGAUGCAGCUCCCACAGACAGUAAACCCGGCCCGGUCCAUUUGUGCGUAGGGGAGUGUAAGCCAGAGCUCCAGACGCGCUCUUCUCAACUCUAUUCCUUUGUGAUGCCAUCGGUCAAAGGAUUGUCCCCCAGUCGGGGUCCAGAGUCUGGAGGAACUAAAGUGACUAUAAUGGGGGAAAACCUGGGGGCAGGCAGCAGCGUCAGUGUGCUUUUUGGGAACCAGACCUGCGAGUUUUAUGAACGGACUAUGACGGAGAUUGUGUGUUACUCUGCCCCUUCUCUGACGGGUGUGGGGCCGGUUCAGAUCAGCGUGAGCGUGGAUCGCGCCCAGGUCCAAGAUAGCCUGACUUUUGAGUAUAUAGACGACCCCACCGUUCAACGCAUCGAACCGGAAUGGAGCAUCGCAAGCGGACACACGCCUCUGGUGGUGACUGGGACUAACUUGGAUGUCAUUCAGGAGCCGAGGAUUCGGAUCAAGUACGGCGGGCGGGAAUCCGUAAACGUGUGUAAGGUUCUGAACAUCACGACUAUGAGCUGUCUGGCUCCCUCGCUGACAGCCGAGUACAGGCCGGGUUUGGACUCAGUCAAGCACGCAGACGAGUUUGGCUUCAUCUUCAAUAAUGUGCAAGCUCUUCUAGUUUACAACAACACUAACUUAAUGUACUACCCCAACCCUUACUUUGAGCCUCUCAGCACCAAUGGCAUGCUGGAACAGAAACCUGGCUCACCAAUCAUUUUAAAGGGUAAGAAUCUGGUUCCUUCGGCCUCUGGAGGAGUGAAGCUUAAUUACACUGUUCUGAUAGGAGAGACUCCCUGUUCUGUCACCGUAUCGGAGUCUCAACUGCUGUGCGAGCCACCAAAUCUCACUGGCCAGUACAAAAUCAUGGUGCAGGUCGGUGGUCUGCAUGUGUCCCCCGGCUCAGUAAACAUUCUCUCUGACAGCCUCCUGACUCUUCCUGCCAUUGUCAGCAUCGCUGCCGGCGGCGGCCUCCUCCUCAUCAUCGUCAUCCUUGUGCUUAUUGCCUACAAGCGUAAAUCCCGCGAGAACGACCUGACACUCAAACGACUCCAGAUGCAAAUGGACAACCUGGAGUCCAGGGUCGCGCUGGAGUGCAAAGAAGCUUUUGCAGAACUGCAGACAGACAUUAAUGAGUUGACGAGUGACCUGGACCGGGCCGGCAUUCCCUAUCUGGAUUACCGCACAUAUGCCAUGAGAGUUUUAUUCCCCGGCAUUGAGGACCAUCCUGUGCUCAGAGAGCUGGAGGUCUCUGGUAACGGGCAGCUGUGCGUUGAAAAAGCUCUGAAGCUGUUUGCCCAGCUGAUAAACAACAAGGUGUUUUUGUUGACAUUCAUCCGUACACUGGAAAUGCAGCGCUCCUUCUCCAUGCGUGACCGUGGCAAUGUGGCGUCGCUAAUAAUGACGGCUCUCCAGGGUCGACUGGAAUACGCCACGGAUGUGCUCAAACACCUGCUGUCCGACCUCAUCGACAAGAACCUGGAGAGCAAGAACCAUCCCAAACUGCUGCUCAGGAGGACAGAGUCUGUUGCUGAGAAGAUGCUAACCAACUGGUUUGCUUUCCUGCUUCAUAAGUUCUUGAAGGAGUGUGCAGGUGAGCCUCUCUUCAUGCUGUACUGUGCUAUAAAACAGCAGAUGGAAAAAGGCCCAAUAGAUGCCAUCACCGGAGAGGCCAGAUACUCCCUCAGUGAGGACAAACUCAUCCGGCAACAGAUUGACUACAAGACACUGAUCUUAAACUGCGUCAACCCAGAGAAUGAGAACAGCCCAGAGAUCCCGGUCAAGGUUCUGAACUGUGACACCAUCACGCAGGUCAAAGAAAAGAUUCUGGAUGCAGUGUAUAAGAACAUGCCAUAUUCUCAGAGACCCAAAGCUGUGGACAUGGACCUGGAGUGGCGUCAGGGACGACUUGCCCGAGUGGUCCUGCAGGAUGAAGACAUCACCACUAAGAUUGAAAAUGAUUGGAAGAGGCUCAACACUCUCAUGCACUAUCAGGUAUCAGACCGCUGUGUGGUUGCUUUGGUGCCCAAGCAGACGUCCUCCUACAACAUUCCACCCACAACUAGCAUCUCUCGGACUUCUAUCAGUAGAUACGACUCGACAUUCCGGUACACAGGCAGUCCGGACAGCCUGCGCUCCCGUGCUCCUAUGAUCACCCCGGACCUGGAGAGUGGAGUCAAAGUCUGGCACUUGGUAAAGAACCAUGAGCACGGAGACCAAAAGGAGGGUGACCGCGGCAGCAAGAUGGUGUCUGAGAUCUACCUCACGCGCCUGCUAGCUACUAAGGGGACGCUACAGAAAUUUGUGGAUGACCUGUUCGAGACUCUUUUCAGUACGGUGCACAGAGGCAGCGCGCUUCCAUUAGCUAUUAAAUACAUGUUUGACUUCCUGGAUGAACAAGCGGACAAGCACAGCAUCCAUGACACUGACGUCCGUCACACCUGGAAAAGCAACUGCCUUCCUCUGCGUUUCUGGGUGAAUGUGAUCAAGAAUCCCCAGUUUGUUUUUGACAUCCACAAGAGCAGCAUCACGGAUGCGUGUCUGUCUGUGGUAGCUCAAACCUUCAUGGACUCGUGUUCCACAUCUGAACACAGAUUGGGCAAAGACUCGCCCUCUAAUAAGCUGCUUUAUGCUAAAGAUAUCCCCAACUACAAGAACUGGGUAGAAAGGUACUAUGCUGACAUCAGCAGGCUUCCAGCCAUCUCUGAUCAGGACAUGAAUGCGUAUUUGGCGGAACAGGCACGACUGCACUCCAAUGAGUUUAACAUGCUCAGUGCCCUCAACGAGAUUUACUCCUACAUUAGCAAGUACAGCGAAGAGAUCACUGCUGCACUGGAACAGGACGAGACGGCGAAGAAACAACGACUGGCCUACAAAGUGGAGCAGCUCAUCGCUGCCAUGUCACUGGAGAGCUGAGAGAAAGAAAAAUCUGGAACGAAGGAUGAAAGACCUUCAAUCAGUCAAACCAUCAUCCAAAGCCUCUCCACACAAAAGAGAGCAACACUGGCUAGAGACUCGACACCAACUAUAGCUUGUGGUUUUUUUCUACAAUUUUGUGAAGAGGUCACCUUUAAGACCAGUGGACAACUAUUUGCAAGUCACAAGGCUUUCAUCUUGAUGAUGGGAUCAGGAGUGGAAACUAUGGAGUUCUGUUUGAAUUUUUUUAAGGAAAAAAAAAACAUUGUGGGAGGAGCAGCUUCCUGGCACAUUUUUUGUUUAUCUGGUUUGUUGUCUUUCUUCUUUAGUUCAUCUGGUUCGAUGCGCCUAGCACUGAUUUACAUGAUGGAUGCAAGACACCAAUACUUCCUCAAAAAUGUGCUUGCUAAAACCAUUUCAGGAGGAUUUGAAAGAAGGAAACUGACAUUUACUGCCUCGCCAUUACUUCCAAAUGUUAUUUUUAUACAUGAGUGCUUUUUGAGUUUGUUUUGUUGAGUCGGCUAGUAUAAUUUCUCAUCGUUGGUGUGGCGAAAGUUCAAGUCUCUUUCUUUUCUUGGAAAGCAGCGGCUACUACCAACACACGCUAGUACAAACUUAGACUUUCGAGACCACAAGGCAUCGACAUUGUCUGGGAGAUAAUGAAACUCCAACAAAAGGGGGCCAAAGUUCAACCAGCAUGUCCCUAACUCUCUUCAAUUGACCAGAAACCAGUGUCAAACUGGACGAACCCCACUCUAUGGUCUCUCUAUGUGCAUAUGUCCUGUUUUCUACAUGUAAGCGUAUGUGAAUGUACAAACGUUACUCUAUUUUGUCUUCGCAUUUUUGUUGCUUUUCUAAAAUAGGAGUCAGUUGAGCUGAUCUCCAUGGCACGUCGUCCAAAAGAACUGAAAAUCCCUCUCCAUAAUAGCGCUGCUGAGAUUCCGAUAUGAAAGUGACGACGAGUAGCACCUUCUGCUCAAAUCACACGUGGAGAAACCCCACCUUCCCUUUCAAACGAAUGGACUCGCUUGAGAUCAUCUUACCAGAGAGUAUUAAUUAUUAUGUAUGGUCCAAUGUGUGUGUAGUCUGCAUGCAUUAUACAGUUCCACAUAUAUAAAAAAAAUAAUAAUGUCUCCUUUCCCAUUUACGCCUAUGUUCAAGUGCCAAGAGGUCACGUGAGUUGUGGAUGACUCAGAGGAACGCCGAUGAUGUAAUAUACCAUGUCACUUCCUUUCUGUACACACCCGUCAGGAUAAAGUGCCAAAAGAUCACUUAUUUACGCACUUGUCGGUUGAUGCUUUAUUAAGGGAACGGACCCUGUAUACUGUAAAAAAAAAAAAAUCUCUGGUUUUGAAGUUUCGCUCUCACCACUCGCAAAUUCAGGUACGAAAGAGCUUGGAACGGUAUUUGUAAAUAUAAAGUAUUUGUAAAAUACUUUAGGUGUCUGGGAUCUUGAUAGCUUGAGUGGGUUUUUUUCCAAUCUCUUUUUUUUCCCCUGUCUUUUAUUCCCCUGCCUGACAUGAAAUAUGUCAACAGAACGCAUGAACAAAAGACAACAUAGCUUUAAUUUAGAAUGCAUGAUGGCAGGUAGAGAGGUUUCUGAAGAUCAUCCGAACCAAAAUAGACAAGGUCGUUCAGGUUAGAGUCAUCUUAGGUUCAUAGAGGAAUCAGGGAGAGAUUCCUCAGCUCUGUUUAUACAGUAAAAAUGCAGUAUCGGAUGUGAAGACAUAGAUUGACACGGCUCAAAUGGCGCUUGUUGUUUUUCUCCCUGUGGCCUUAGAACAUUGCAUCUGUUGUUUCUAGUUCAUUUAAUCAGCGAUGUGUCAUUUUUCUCCAUUUUUGUGACUAAUCAGAUAAAGAGAGCCAACGUGAUGAUGAAGAAGGGUGGAAGAGGCAUGCCCUCGCUCAGACGGGUGCUGGGUGGUGUCUGCUGGAGUGUUUGAGUAGCAUAGGAAUGAGAUGGAGAGAGAGACAGACCCCUUUAGCUUCAGAUUCCUUCUGCUGCUUUGAAGCUCGCCUUUGAUCUCAACUAGUCGUGUGCACAGUGUGAUCAGGAGAUUAAAAAAAAAUACACAUCAAAAAUAGGAUCCCGUGCAGGAGAUUACAAAUGAAGAGCUGCAU